AGGUAGUCGUGAAAAAUAUUUGUUAUUGACAGGAGCGUUGCAAGUAGUUGUGUGACAAAAAAUUAAAAUUUGUGAUCAAAUUAACCACAUACAAUAGUGGAAAAGUGUCAAACUGAAGACUUAAGGCCGUAUAGAACCAGAGAAACGUGCGGGAUAGCUCAGAACAUUCCAGUUUAAUCCAAAAAUACUUUAAAAUGCCCGAGCAAAGUGCGGAUCAGGAGAACCAGGCUCCGCAGCAACAGACGGCAGCUGUGCCUGCCUAUAAUCCGGAGGUUCUCCAGGACAUGCUUCCCGUAUACUACAGACGACUCUUUCCUCAUCAGCCCUUCUACCGGUGGCUCUCUUAUGGUUUAGUUGAGGAAGGCGUGUUCAGCAAUCGAGAGAUUUCCUUUACUCUACAGGAUGAUAUUUAUAUACGAUACCUGUGCUUUGACAACCAGGCUGAGUUGGAAAAAGAGAUAUGCUCGAGGAAUCCUAUCAAGAUCGAUAUAGGUCCAGUGAUGCACACCAGGCCCAAGAACCAUCGUACUGUUCCAGGAGGACUAACGCCCGUGCAACGUGAGCUAGUCUUUGAUAUUGAUAUGACGGAUUACGAUGAUGUGCGCACCUGUUGCUCUGGUGCGGGGGUGUGCCUUAAAUGCUGGAAGUUUAUGGUGCUGGCUGCCAGGAUUUUGGAUGUUGCUCUACGUGAGGAUUUCGGCUUUGAGCAUAUUAUCUGGAUUUUCUCAGGUCGUCGAGGUAUCCAUUGUUGGGUAUGCGAUCAUCAAGCUCGUCACUUGGACGGACGUGGACGUUUUGCCGUGGCCGAGUAUCUGAACAUCAUAUCAUAUGUUAGCUUCUCGGGUAGUAACUCACCUAGAUGUCCAAUGGGAGAUCGACCGCAUCAUAGCCUUAAAAGAGCCUUAAAGUUGGUGGAGCCUAUGUUCGAGGAGAUCGUGCUGGAAGAUCAGAAUCUUUUCGGCACACCCAAAGGUGUUAGUAAACUACUAAACAUGGUUCACGACGAUUCGGCACGGAGCGAAUUGGAGUCGUAUCUGCAAAAGAAUUUGGAGGAUGGAGCCCACUCGCGACUCGUAUGGGAAAGCUUCAUGAAAUACGCCAACUCUAUGAGGACCUCCACGUCAACUGCCUGGAGCCGAAAGCUCAAGAAUAUAGUGCAAGAAGUGCAGCUUGGACUUCUAUAUCCUCGUCUGGACAUCAACGUCACAAGAGGAUUUAACCAUUUACUGAAAGCCCCCUUUUGCAUUCAUCCAGCUACGGGAAAGGUUUGUGUUCCAUUUAGCGUAAGCGCUGUUGCCAAAUUUGAUCCCACCACGGUCCCAACUAUAACUCAGUUGCUUCACGAGAUUAACGCUUUUGAUGAUAAGAGCAAGAGUACCAUGGAGGCACCGGAGGACAAGAGCCGCAUAAAGGAUCACAAGAAGACUAGCAUGUUUAAAGGAGUGGUUGUCUUUGAAGAGUUUUUGCGUAAGCUGGAACGCAGCCAGAAGGCAGAAAAUUUACAGUUCUAAAUAUAUAAUUUUAAAAGUUAAGAUAAGAAAAUAAAAAUGUUACAAUAUUUAAGUA